GAAGGCCCGCGACCGUAUUCGACGCUGCACAUCCUUUCUUUCCCUUUCUUCGAUUCUUCUUCGGAAAGUAAGACACCAUGGCUUCGAUCGCGAGAACCCUCAGACCGCUUGCGCGCGCUGCGACAUCCUCAUCCCGCACUCUGCGACCGGCAUUCUCGCGAACCGCCCCGCGGAUAAGAUGCCUCUCAGCAACCCUACCACGCCGCGAGGUCGAUAUCUCAGACAUUCCGCCCACGCCCAUCACGCACCUCUCCGAAACCGAGGCCUUGAUGGCCGAUUCCGUCUCCAAGUUUGCUAAUGAAGUUAUCCUUCCGAAGGUCCGGGAUAUGGACGAGGCGGAGGCAAUGGAUCCGGCAGUGGUGGAACAAUUGUUCGAGCAGGGUCUAAUGGGCGUUGAGAUACCCGAGGAGUACGGUGGCUCUGGCAUGAACUUCACGUCAGCCAUUAUCGCCAUUGAGGAGCUGGCGCGGGUAGACCCCAGCGUCAGUGUCAUGUGCGACGUACACAACACCCUCUGCAACACCGCGAUAUUGAAGUAUGGCUCCGAGAAGCUGAAGAAGGAGUGGUUGCCACGGCUGGCUACCAACUCCGUCGGCUCCUUCUGUCUUUCGGAACCUGUCUCGGGUUCAGAUGCCUUCGCCCUCGCCACCAAGGCCACGCGCACCGAGACUGGGUACAAGAUCAACGGCAGCAAGAUGUGGAUAACAAACAGCAUGGAAGCUGGCUUCUUCAUCGUCUUCGCCAACCUGGACCCCAGCAAGAAGUACAAGGGCAUCACUGCGUUCAUUGUCGAGAAGGGCACGCCUGGGUUCACCAUUGCCAAGAAGGAGAAGAAGCUAGGAAUCAAGGCCAGUAGCACAUGCGUGAUCAACUUCGACGAUGUCGAGAUCCCUAAAGACAACCUGCUUGGGAAGGAAUUCGAGGGAUAUAAAUACGCGAUCGGACUUUUGAACGAAGGUCGUAUCGGCAUUGCCGCCCAGAUGACGGGUCUGGCUCUGGGGGCUUUCGAUAAUGCUGCCGGGUACGUCUGGAACGACCGCAAGCAGUUCGGCCAGCUCAUCGGCGAAUUCCAAGGCAUGCAGCACCAGCUGGCCCAGGCCUGGACCGAAAUCCAAGCCGCUCGUGCUCUCGUCUAUAACGCGGCGCGGAAGAAGGAAGCCGGCGAAGAUUUCGUCAUGGACGCUGCGAUGGCUAAGCUGUAUUCUUCGCAGGUCGCCGGAAGGGUGUCGGGCCAGGCGGUCGAAUGGAUGGGCGGCAUGGGCUUCGUCAGGGAGGGCCUGGCUGAGAAGUACUUCCGAGACAGCAAGAUCGGUGCCAUCUACGAGGGAACGAGCAAUAUCCAGAUGACGACUAUUGCGAAGCAUCUGCAGAAGCUGUACACGAAGUAAGCGGCUAGCGGCAAGGGAGGUGGACUUACUACAAGGAGUUCGGAGAAUUCAUAUGCAUGCCGAUCUGACUGACGAAUGGCUACGUAUGUUGUAUACAGUAGGAACUGGAUAGCGAGAACAACGUCUUCUACGGCUUCGCGCCAUCUCUUGUGAUGCAUGAUGUCAUCCUUCCGCUUUACCGCGAGCUCGACGCUGUUCGAGAGUGCCCUUAACAAUGUGAGCGGGACUUGACAGUGGAUCGCUUACGAGCACAUCUGCUUUUGCCUUCAUGAAAAGCAUUCGUGUGGGAGAGAUG